AUGUCUCCUUAUCACAUCUGAAAAUACCAGGAGAGUGAUCACAAACAGGUCCUGGACUUGUUCUCCAGGGGGAUGGAGGAAUACAUCCCUGCCACCUUCUACCACAUGCUGAUGCUGCCCCACUCGCUCCUGCUCUUACUUGGGGUGCCUCUCUCUCUACUCCUGGUCUAUAACUCCUGGGUCCUGGCCAUUGUGUGCAGCUUCGCCUUGCUACUUUUCCUGUGGCUCCUAGCUAGAUACCCAUGGAGACAGUAUGUGGUCACUUGUUUGGGAACAGACAUGGCUGACAUCACCAAGUCCUACCUGAGUGGAUGUGGCUCCUGCUUCUGGGUUGCUGAGCAUGGGGGGCAAGUGGUGGGUAUAGUGGGUGCUCUACCUGUCAGGGAUCCCCCACUGGGGAGAAAGCAGGUGCAGCUCUUUCACCUAUCUGUGGCCUUGAAGCACAGAGGAGAGGGGAUAGCAAAAGCUCUGGUCAGGACUGUCCUCCAGCUUGCCCAAGACCAGCGCUACAGUGAAGUUGUCCUUGAUACAAGCGCAUUACAACAUGGGGCAAUUGCCCUCUACCAGCAUAUGGGCUUCCAGAAGACAGGUGAAUCAUUGAUAGGUCCAAUAGCAAGGUUAGUGGCUUUCCCCACAGUUCAUUUCAUGUACUACCUCCCUUCUGGAAAGUGA